AUGGCAUGCUUGGGAUUAUAUUACCUUGCUUUAUGUAAUACCAGUAUACUAGAUUCUGAUCCGCCCUUUAGAGAAACGCAAAGCAUGCUUUUGGAAAGAAUAGCUAGUGAAAUGAAUCGGCUCAAGUUCUAUAUGGCUCAUGCACAGAACCUGCCUUUUGUAGAGAACAUGGAGAAGAGGAUUCAGAGCGCUAGUGUGUUAUUGGAUGCUAGCCUAGGUCAUUGCUUCAUUGACGGGCUAAACAACAGCGACACGAGCGUCCUUUACAACUGCCUGCGUGCAUAUGCUGCCAUUGAUAACACCACGAAUGCAGAAGAAAUUUUUCGUACAACGAUUGUGGCUCCAUUUAUACAUAAAACUAUUACACAUGAAACAUCAGCAGAUGCUACUGGAAGUUCAGAUGAACUUGAAAACGAUUACAAACUUAUCAAGCAUUUUAUUGCGAAAGACUGUAAGAUGCUGCUUGAAAUAUCUUCAACCGAGAAAUCGGGUUUACACGUCUUCAAUUUCCUGGCGAAUUCGAUUCUGAAAGAAGUUCUUUCGGCAAUCCAGAAAGUCAAACCAGGAGCCUUUUCUCCUGGAAGGCCUACUGAGUUCUUGAAAAAUUACAAGGCAAGCUUGGAUUUCUUGGCAUAUCUUGAAGGUUACUGUCCGUCAAGGUCCGCUGUCACCAAGUUUCGAACUGAAGCAGUAUGUAUUGAAUUCAUGAAGCAAUGGAAUGUGGGAGUAUACUUUUCACUAAGGUUUCAAGAGAUAGCUGGAGCCUUGGAUUCUGCUACUUCUUCUUCUCUGGUUUUCAUUCAGGAUUCUGAUUUAGAUAAACGGAGUUUUCCCAACAUAAUGCUCAGACAGAGCGCUACUCUUUUGGAAAGCUUGUGUUCGUGUUGGAAAGAAGAUGUUCUCGUUUUCUCUGCUGCUGAUAAAUUUCUUCGAUUGACUUUGCAGCUUCUUUCGAGGUAUUGCAUUUGGGUGUCAUCUGCGCUGCAUACUAGAAAGGAUAAUGCCAGCCCGAGUCCUGGAUGUGACUGGGCAGUUACAGCCUCUGCAGAAGAUUUUCUAUAUGUUAUACAUGAUGUAAAUUAUCUAGUCUCAGAAGUUUGUGGCGAUUACCUUGAACAAAUAUCACAGUAUAUAUCUUCAUGCUCCACUGAAGUUCGUGAUGUGGUAAGGAUGAGCAUGUUACAGGGUGGAGAUAAGUUAAAGGAAGUCCUACCUCUACUUACCAACACAAUUAUCGAAAUCAUUGUUGAUAAAUCUCUUGAGGAUUCAAGGCAAGUCAAGGGAAUAACAGCAACAUAUAGGUUGACUAAUAAACCACCGCCGGUUAGGCACUCACCAUAUGUCGUUGGCAUAUUGCGUCAUGUAAAGGCCUUUUUGGAAGGAGAAAAGGCUACACGGUACUUGACGCAGGAAACAAGGGAGGAGUUACUGCUUCGAACUGUCACUGAAAUUACAAGACGGUAUUACGAAUUAGCUGAUGAAGUUGUUAGCGUGGCGAGAAGAACAGAGUCAUCGCUUCAGCAAUUCCGUAGAAAGGCACAGAAAAGAGCAGGGGCAGCAUCAGGUGUCUCUGACGACAACGUAUCUGAAACAGACAAGAUGUGUAUGCAGUUAUUCCUUGAUACUCAGGAAUAUGGCCGGAACAUAUCUGCGUUGGGGCUAAAACCGGCAGACAUUCCGGUUUAUUGUUCGCUCUGGCAAUGCGUUGCACCGGCUGAUAGGCAAAACACAAUCAGUGUCUGAGGACUCUCGCACUGCAUUUUUCUUUCAUACAGCAUUUCGGUGUCAUAUAUCUCGCAAUAAUAAUAGGAAGUCCUUUCUUUUCUUUGUUAUAUUUUUCGUUUGUGUUUGUUUGUAUAACAUAUCUCUAUUUCGGUAUAAUAGUUGACACUAUAUUAAUAUAGAAAAAUAGUAUUUGCAAAGUAAA